AUGAAGGAAUUGUAUAGGCCUACGGAUGUUCCAAAGACUAUGUAAAACCAUACUAUUUAAUUGACUAAAAAAUAAGUAAAAACAUCCGUUUUAGUUUGUCAACAGAGGCAGAUAUCCAACAGCUUGCCAAUGUACAAGUUCUGAAAUGUCUUCUUUAUAAGGAGGACCAGGGAGGUCGGAAAGCACUGGAAUACGGCUUGCUUGAUCCUAAACUCGGCGCUUCUAAGCGAAACGAACUAUGCGAAACCUGCGGUCUUGAUUAUCAAGCUUGCAUCGGCCAUUGGGGUUACUUUGAUCUUCCCGCGCCUGUUUACCAUGUGGGCUAUCUGUGGCAUAUAGUGAAAAUUCUUCAAUGCAUCUGCAAAGUAAAUUCUCCUUAUUUUGCCUAUCAUUUAGACUUGCUCCCGCGUCCUUAUCCCUGAUUCCGUCCGGUCGAAGUACCUCCAGAGCUGCUCUAAUCUUUCCCUGGAGUAUAUUCAAAAGAAAGUUUUACGCAAAGCCGUUCAUAAGCUCGCUAACAAACCUACCGUAUGCAGAUAUUGCGGAGCUUUAAACGGUUUGGAACUUUUUGACCCUACUAUGUUUAGGCAACGUCAAAAAGGGCACUGGACUGUCUUAUAUCAUUCACGAUGUGUCUAAGUUAGUUGGGAAGAAUGUCGAUGAGUAUGUUGACAAGUUAUCCGCUGCCAGCGACACAAAUCCCGAGCUUCCCGCACUGGCUAGAAAAUGCGUGGUAUGUUGUAAUAUUUUUGUUUUCAAUGUUUACGCAUAUAACAUUGUGUCUGUAUGCUCGAAUGAAGUAAAUCUUUACCAGGCUUUUCUUGGACUCUCUCUUCAUUGAAAGCGCUUUUCCUAUUUUUGCCUUAUACUCCUUUCUGACCGUUGUCGGAUCUCCUUGUAUUAUCUUGCUGGAACAGAAAUCCUUCGUUUGUGUAUAUUUGCCCAUGCUUCUCAAAGGGGUACCAUUUUAAUCCCAGCCUUAUAUGUUGCAGGAAACUAUUCGCCCUGCUCGUGCCCUUCAGCUGUUUUCUAAAAUACCAACAGAGGACCUUCCUUUGCUACUGAUGCCUUUUGGCUGUGAGUGGGCGACCCACCCUCGAAAUUUGAUUUUGCAGCGGAUCCCAGUUCCGCCCAAUGCUAUCCGACCCUCAGUUGUUUCAGAGGUCAAAAGCGGAACGUAAGUCAUGUGACUUUGAUGUUUCUUGCUUCGGUAAGUUGAUGGCAUCUUUGAGUCUUUCGAAGCAGUGGGCAACUUUUUGAGGUUGUCGUUUUCUGAAGGCAACCCAGUCUGAAUACCUUAGGCAGUCCGCACCUGAGUGGAAGGGGGCGUCUUUCUGAGUUAAUUGUGUAUGUCUUCGUGCUGGUUUGGUUAGUUCAGAUUCAAUCUUUCUAUUGAUGGCCAAUUUCACUAACUAAAUGCAUAUUCUCUUGAGCAUUUUCUUUACCGAUUUACUUGGAAAUUACCUUUCUAAUUUCUUAGUAACGAAGAUGACCUUACUCAGAUGUACCAGUGGAUUUUGGCUCAAGCAGCAACUCUGGAAGAGGACAUACCUGAAGCAGAUCAAAUCGCCUGUCUUGAUAAUUUGCACGCAGAGGUCGCACGAAUAAUAAAUUCCCAACACAGUGGCCUGCCUCCGGUGCAAGAUCACAAAUUUAUGCGUGGUCUUUUGCAACGCCUCUCCGGAAAACAUGGUCGUUUCCGUGGAAAUCUACUGGGAAAGCGUACUAACUUCACGGCUCGCACCGUCAUCUCUCCCGAUCCCAAUCUGCGUAUUGAUCAGGUACAUAUAUUUUGGGGCGCCCUCGUCCCCUUCCUAUGUCUGUGCUUCAUCGUGAUCUUUGAUAAGAGGGACUCGUUUAUGGUCCUUAAAUAUAGGUUUGCGUCCCGGUACACUGUGCCAAACUACUCACCUAUCCAGAACGUGUAACCCAGUUCAACAUUGAAUUUCUCCGGAAGCUUAUCCUCAAUGGACCCAACACGCAUCCGGGUGCACUGUUUGUUAGUUACCGCGCAACGGCUCGAGAUGUACAGAAUGCAGAGGCGGGCAAGGGACUGCAGCCUGGAGGCAUCGUAAAGAAGUACUUGGCCAAUAAACGUAUCCAGGAGAAUGUUGCGAAGACGUUGCGUAUUGGCGACCUGGUUGAAAGACACCUAGUUGAUGACGAUAUUGUGCUAUUCAAUAGACAACCUUCUCUUCACCGCGUCUCCAUUCAAGCCAUGAAGGUAAUUUUUUAUUGCAUCGCCUUCUAUGAAUUUCUGCAUGUGGUAAUUUUUGUGGCUGUUACUCGAUAUUUGUGUUUGUCAACCUGAGCACAGCGCUUCAACGAGAACCUGAAACGACAUAGUGUGCGGUUAGCCGUUGUAUAGGUUCCGAGUUUUCAAACCGCGUCACUGGAUAUACUGGACCCAGCACUAACCAAAUGAAUUUACGCCGCCUGAGUGAGCAUUAGCUAGUUGGAUUUUCUGUGGUUACUUUAUACACAAUUCGAAAUCCAAGGUUGAAGCCCCUGUAACUGGAAAGUUGGCGGUGAGUAGCCAACUGCUUCAGUCACUCUAUAAAACAGAAACCUUCGCUAUGUGUGAUUGAUAUGUAAAAAAAGGUGACACAGGCUUGUGAGGAUGAUUGCGCUCGUUACAUAAUUUGUUGAUCGUCACUCCUUUUCGGCAUCAUAGGUGUUCACAUCGUAACCUAUGUUUAACUGUCAGUAUAGGUUCCGUUGAAUUUGGGACACUUCUCUUGUUUAAUCUGGUUCAAAUUCAAUCAUAAUUUUUAGCCUACGACUUUUACUCAAUUUGCCCACAUUCUUUGUUUUUCUCACGCUUUUUAAUAGCCUUCAGUAGGCAAUCCUUCCACAUAUUUUCCUCACAAUUUAUAGUCUGUUUCGUUUAUUUUCAAUGGUUGGAUGGGGCAUCAUGGAUGAUGCCUCCUGGCUCUCAGUGAAAUUCAAAUAAAUUGCUUAAAUCGCUGUGCAUCUAAGGAGAAUCUGGCUCAGCAGACUUUACAAUUGUUUAUUUUAAUAGCAUACAGGUAUUCAUUUCAGUCUUUCUCUCAAUUCACUAACUCCUUGUGGAAGUCCUGCUCACAGGAGAUUAGGCAGUUGCUCAACUCAUUCAACUUAGUUCUAGGAAUCGUUCAAAUUAUGUUCAAGAUUCUAUAGGUUUCACUGACGUGCCUAUGCUUUCGGCUAGGCUGUACUAGUCUGUGAAAAUUUAUUAUAUAGUUUCAUAGUUGCCCUAAUAGAUCUUUGAGGAUUUAUUUGAUAGUUGUGUAGUUGUACCGCACAAAAUGUACCCUUAGUUCCUCUGACAUUGCAUUAAUUACUUAAUUCUCCAACACCAGGCGACCGUUAAACAGAAUCGAACCUUUCGGUUUAAUCCCUGUUGCUGCACCCCUUUCAACGCCGACUUUGAUGGCGACGAAAUGAACAUCCACUUGCCACAAACGGAGGAGGCCAGGGCUGAAGCAAAACACUUGAUGCUUGUAAGUUGGCGAGGCCCACCGCUGCGUGCCACUUGUAAAUGUCUUUGCCCACUUACUUUGUCAUGUCUAUUAUUCCGCGCAAACUUUAGACCCUGAAGAACAUUUCUAGUCCAAAAAACGGCGAGCCGUUAAUUUCCCCCAUCCAAGAUCUUAUCACCGCAACUCACUUGCUCACUCUCAAGGACGUUUUUUUCACGCGGGAUCAAGCCUGCCAACUGGCCUGUCAAAUUGUAUCGGGCAACCACGUUGGCCGACCUCUUCAGCUACCUCCUCCAGCCAUUAUGUGGGUGCGUUCGCGUGGGCGCUGUAGUUGCGCUGUUUGUCCGCUUUGUCUAGCCUCCAUCAUCUGAUAACGGUUUUUCGUUUCCCAACUCUAUAGCCGACUCGUCUCUGGACUGGAAAGCAAAUAUUCAACCUCAUUUUAUCACCACAUCCUUCUUGUGAGGUGAAAAUUAGCCUGCGAGUACCAACUAAAUCGAUCUACUCUGGUCGGGGUGAGGAACUCUGCCCCAACGACGGCUGUAAGUGGCAUUCUAAUUUUUGCCAAGUGUUCUACUUAUUUGAUUUCAACAGAAGUUAUUUGGUUAUUUGUUUUCUGCCGACUCCUAGUCGUGGUCAUCUUUAAUAGCGAACUCAUGGCCGGCUGUAUGGACAAGAAACUUUUGGGCGGUGGCAGCAAGGCGAGCAUAUUCUACAGCAUUUUACGGGACUAUGGCGGUGACGCCUGCGCAGAUGCCAUGUGGCGCCUUGGUCGCAUAUCCCUCUUUUACCUUGCUCACCGAGGCUUCUCAAUCGGAAUUGGUGAGGUGACCCCUUGCCCCCGGUUGCGUGCCGCAAAAGAGCAGUUAAUCCAUCAAGGGUAAGCCACGUAUUAUGUAAUUUUUCAUCAUUCGAAAGUGUGGAAAAUUUUCUUGGACCCAGUUUCCGAGGAUCAACUGUAAUCUUUUUCCACAUCCGACUUACUUUUCUGCCAAUUGAUUCUGUCAGUUGUUCUGCACUUGACCUCUAGUGACAGUUGCUAGAAAUGAGGUUCUCUUAUCGUACUCUAGAUAGCUCUCUGUCUUGGGCAGUUUAGCCAAACGUUAGGUGAGCAUCCCCCCUCCUUAAAAGACUUUUGCUCAACAGUAAUGCUGAUACCAACGCCCGCCACCCAAGGACAGAAGCAAAGGUGCAAGGAUCCUUUAACAUUUUAAAUUAAAUUACCCCUGGGCAACUUGCGUAGGGUCGAAAAGCAUCUCCAGCUGUCGUAAAAAUCCGACUGCUACCUUAGGAGUCAACCAUACGUAGGAGUUCGGGGAAAGGUGCAGUAACGUGAGGCGGGAGUGCCUAGAAACAACACCGGCAAUGUACUUCACGGUCCAGUUUGGCAUUAAGGGGCGCCUUCAAUCCACUGCAAAAACGAGAACGAUAACGACAUGGUCAUUACCCAAAGGAAGUGUCAGCGUUGACCAGCCCACACUCAGAAUGCAAGUUCCUACCCCGCUUCAGUGCCCAUUGUGUCCACCUCAGGACUGUCGCGACAUCAGCCCGCAAAACUCCACAUAACCAACUCACCUCGAAGCCUCUGUCAGUAUAAAGUGGGGAUUCGGUGGAUGCAAUGUUAGACGCAGCAGUUGCGAAACCUGAGUCCACGCAUGUUGCUCAGACUUGGCAUUUCGAUUGCUUCGUCGUCUACCUUAUUCCUGGGCCUGUCCAACAUGCGCGGCAUCUACGCAGCCACAUUCCUCUCGCAGCGUUUACUUCCAGUCGGCCGAAAAAACGCGCCCGACAGCAUACAGGUUUGGACAGGAGUGAACUCGCUUGCUAACUCCGGAUAUAUCGUGACACCGAUCAUAAAAACACUUCAUCGGUCAAACCUCAACAAUAGUCGUUGAAAGUGUCCAUCAUCAAUUACGACGGACGAUGUACGCAUUGCCUCGCCAGCUAUGUUUCUGGCCCUCCACUCCUUGAGUAUAUUUUUAGCACACUCCUAUGCCUGCUCUCCAAACCAGCAUUAUACACUGUUUUCCUUCAAUUCUGUCCUUUUUCAUACCCUGUUAUCUGCAUUAUUACUGCAUUCAGAUUCGCAAAAUGUGAAGACUUCAUCAAGCAAUAUGAAAAUAACACCCUCAAAUGCAAUCCUGGCUGCAGUAUGGAGGAGACCUUAGAGGUGCGUCAUCCCGUCCCCCUCCCGUUUCCUUGUUUGCAUUUUGACAAAUCGAACGAUAACAGAGUGCUCUGUAGUCCCUUUUAGGAAUGAACUGUCCUGCAAAGGUCUCUUAUGUUUGUUUUCUGCCGACUCCUAGUCGUGGUGAUCUUUAAUAGCGAACUCAUAGCAGGCUGUAUGGACAAAAAACUUUUGGGUUGUGGCAGCAAGGCGAGCAUAUUGUACAGUAUUUUACGGGACUGACUCCUCAACAAUGUGAUGCUAGAACCGAGGGCUGUUAGUUUCGUUAAGUGUUACUGGUGACUCCUCCAAGAUGUGUGCUUCUAAUUCUACAGACACCUGCAAAUAUAAGUUUUACAUUGCUUCACUGUUGGCAAAAUGGGUUGGCUUGCUCAUGUGUUUUCCACAGCCAUUUUAUCCACUAGUAGUCCUCGUCUCUCGAGUCCUCUCAUUCGAAGCAUCUAGAGACUCUGUGCCACAGGUCGAAGAGACUAUUUUGGCCGUUUCAUCCUCUCGCCAGUUUUCUCACCCAAGAAUAGUUCUUCUGCAGACCUUUUGUAAAAUAGUUCUUUUCUUGCUUCAGUCAAGCCUCAGCCAGGAACUUUCUAAGAUCCGGGACGAGGCUGGUUCCGCCUGUAAGCGCACCCUCUACCCUUCGAAUUCGCCGUUAGUCAUGGCUCAGUCGGGUUCAAAGGGUAAGUUAACAGUUUAUUUUCUCAGUCCUCCUCCUCCUCCUCCUCCUCUUCCCCCUUAUCGCGGUUCCCGAAAAAGUAGUUACAGUCUACAUCACUCCAGCAUCAUGUUCUUAGGUUGCAUCACACAGCGACGAACUGUGGCUGAUGGUUGAUCGGCAACGUCUAUCAUAGUUAAUCGCGCCGGUCAAGAGACCAUCUCGGGGAAGAAGGAGAAGACAGCCCGACCCCAUGACGUUCCGAACCCAUGGACGAGUUCGUCGUCGUCAGAUAGUGAGAAUUUGCCACAUUUGGUGUCCAUUAAUAAAUAGUAGGUCCAGUCGAAUUAUUGAACCAUCUAUGUUGGAGAUGACUGUUCAAGACCUCAAAUCCAGAACGUCAGAUAAGUAUCUCUUUUCCACGAGACCUGAAUUGUUUCUUACUCGGCUGCUCUGUUUGAAGGAUGAGGAGUCUCGGUUGCGUUCUUUUAGGACAUUCUCUGGCAGCUUAUCCUCACGACGUCAGCUGCGCCACCCCUCCUCUCCACCCACCCCUCCAUAAUCCGCUUCCACUGUUGCUUACCUUAAUUCUUAUGUCUUCAUUUCUGUCUUAAGUAGUCUACCUUCGCGAAAUUUUGAGAUUAUAACGAUGUUGCAGAUGUGCUUCUUCUGAAAGCCUUCAAUCCUUCUGAGUCUUCUUUUUGGGCCUGCCUUGUUUCCCGUCCCCAGGCUCAUUCUUGAAUAUUUCUCAAAUGAUUGCCUGUGUGGGACAGCAAAUCAUCGGAGGCAAGCGAGUACCGGACUCGCUGAACGGUCGCAGUCUCAUCCACUUUCCACCGGGUUCUCGAACACCCGCCGCAAAGGGUUUUGUCGGAAACAGCUUCUACUCCGGUCUAACGCCCUCUGAAUUCUUCUUCCAUGCUAUGAGUGGUCGCGAAGGUCUUACGGACACCGCUGUGAAGACAGCAGACACCGGGUACAUGCAACGACGAAUUGUCAAGGUAAGUGCGGGCCAAGUGUAGCCAGCGCAACUUGUCGGUUCUUCUCGACCAAUAGCGUUCUGAUGAAUUUCACCUACUCGCUGACUGACAUCUCUCGCGACCAGCAUCUUCUGUUAUCGCUAUUUUCUUUGCAUAUUCUGUGGUUAGUGUUUAUAUGCCUUGAGGUCUUUGCGAUUAGUAAAAUUCGAACAGACUGCUGGUUUAGAUUGCGCAAGCCUGACCAUGACAAGCGAUGACGCCACCGUGUGCUCUACAGAGAGGGCGUGAAUUAGCUUAUGGCAAGGCAAACUUGCGCAGCAUCCACCUCGCUCUCUCAUGCGUCAUCCACGUUGUUCCGGUGGCGAGACAAAGUCAAGACAACAGUAGAUUGGUGCAGAAAAAUUAGUGGACAAAGCCGAACAGCCCGUGUACACCUGCCACACACGACCUGAUCUACGCUCCACAUGUACCAGUCCACAACAAGAACUUACCGGAUCCCACAUAGGUGACAACGCCAUAAAGUUCGCACCAAGUAGGAGUAAUUAGAGCCUGACCACUAGUCCUGGGAAAAAACAAACCGAGUUGGCGAACAUUUAUAUGGGGACAGGGUACAGUCAAGCAUGUCAGUGAUUGAAAAAAUCGACAAAAGUUAGUUUCAAAACACAGGCGGGGCGAAAGUGGAAAGGCGCAGAAAGUUGCAUGUGGUUCGUGAACCUUUGACCACGGCAAUCGCGGAGCCUGCACGAGGUUCUUCUGGGCGCAUAGAGUCGGUUUUCGUAACCUGAUUGCGGCCGCUUCUGCUAUUACCAACAGGCGCUGGCCCAGCAGCCUAGGAUAGCUCGAGGAGACCCUAUAAAUCACGCGAAAAGCUUCGCUGGGGGUGCACACGAUGCCCUGGAUCGACUGCAUGCGCAAGAAUGGCGCUGCUUAUGCUCCUGGUUUCGCCUUUUGCCAGCUCAUCAGUUGUUAGCCUUCCAAGUAAAGACUCUAAGGGCGUCGUGAUAGAUUCAGGCAUGUAUGUCAGAUUUCUUAUGGUGAGGAGUGUUCUGAUGCGCCGUGAGGGCGAAUUUCCUACUGUCGUCCUCACUCUCGCUCCCUUGCACCGACCGACUGUUCGGACCUGUUAAAGAAUUGAUGAAGAGACUAGGCGUAGUUUCUGGCAAAACUGAGCGGCCCCUCUACGCGUACUGCACGACCUGAUCCUCAUUUCAUAUGCCAGGCUACCCUAAAGCACAUGUUUUAUAUUUGCGUGAGGUCUCCGCAGUCUCUCAUGCGACGUUCCACACGCCACAUUGGCGCUGGCAAAAUGUAUCGCGUGUUUACUACAGGAGUGAUGCAGGAUGCGUUACGAUGAGGUGUCGUCUGUGUGCGUGUUUUGGAACGCGUUCGUGUGUGGUAAGUAGGGCAUGAUCUCGGGGUGGAGUCUGGGUUAUGAUGUGUUACUGGGGAUUUUCGUUGGUGCGCGUAUGCCCGAAUAAACCAAUGUGAUGACCGAAUGUCCUGACGAAGUGUGGGCAAGCCAGACGGGAGUGACGAGUUUAUGUUGGGUCUCCCGGCAUUACUUCAACAGGCCCAGCGCAAUGGAUUCGCAAAACGCCGAACAGGCUGAUGCGUGACUUAGAUUUACGUUGGCAGAAUAGACAAGAGGUGACCGUCUACGGAGCUGCUUGUCGUAAGACACUGCUGUUGUUUGUGAUGCGUGUGCCGAUGGUGAUAAAGAGUCCUUACCUGUGGGAGAUGAGCUGAUCGUAGUGAUAUUGCAGGGAAUCCUGCUGUCGUGUAUGCGCAUAUGACCGAAAGAACCCUCUGUGGUGCCUGAACGUCCUGGGACAGUGUGGGGGGGUGGGUCUGAGGCAUAUGUGACGGGUGUAUGUCAGGACUCCAGGCACUAGUUCGCCAGCCUCAGGCAAAUGAGCGACGAGGCUGAUGCGUCCUUAGGAGGUGCGGUCGCAAUAAAAACACAUUGGAGCCCAGUCCGCAUUGACUGUAGGAGGGGAUAUGAUGGGGACGGUAGACUGGAUGACAGGAGUGUUCUCACUGUCGAUGCUGGUGGUAGUGACGAUGUUUGUGUUGGCUUUGUUUUGGGAGAUGGGAGGCGAGUUCUUCACGGUAACGAUGCACUGACUCCGGAGAUGUCCAACGAGGUCAGUUAAUACCUUAAAUUUUCGUCGAAAGUGUGAGUACAUUUCAGUUUCUUGUCCGUGGCAAGCUGCGUAGAUUGCUCCUCCAGUUUUUACGCUGGUGCGCCACGCCUUCCGAUUUUUUGCGGAGGUCGCUGCAGGUCUCAGCGCCGAUGUGCAGGUGCAGGUGUGUCGACGUUUUUGUCCGCCUUGUCCUCGGACACCCGCAGCGACGCCGUAUAGUGGUCUCAGGAAUACUUCAUCGUUCAUCCUAACGACGUUACUGCUCCAUCCGAGUUGAAUGUUCUUCAACAUGACAUGGAUACUGAGGAUGACGGUCCUAUCCAGCAUCUCGGUGUCUGGCAUUCUUUCAUGCCGCUUCAUCUUCCAUAGUCUCCGAAGGCAUUUGUGCUAGAAAUAAGUGAGUUCUCUUCCUUGGCUUUUGUAGUCUGUCCAUCUCUUCGCCCAUAGGGGAGUGUUGUCAAGACAGCAGCCCUCCGCACCCUUAACUUUGCGUUCAGGUGAAUGUCGCGGCAGUUCCAAGACGGGUGCGGUAGCCGAUCAUUGUUGAUCUUACUGUUUCGUGAAACUCUCCUCCUCAGAUAUGCGAAUUUUUCGACUGAUGUUAGGCGAGUUCCGCUGAUUUUGAUUCUGGGUUCGUUGUAGUCAUCAUUUUGCGCUAGUUUUUGCAUGACCACUUUCUCCUCCUUGCCGAUUGUCAGUCAGAAUUUGGAGUGGUCGGAGACGAAAAAGUGAAUGCUGCGCAACAUGUUCACUUCCGUUGUAUUUAGCGCACUGUCAUCCGCGAGCAAGUGAUCGUGGACACUGACCUUGGAGGCUCUUUAAGAUGUCCGCAUGCGACAGAUUCCCAGCCGUUCCUCACAGGAAAUAUUCAACAGCAUGGCGGAGAACGUAGAAUUGAAGGGGGUGGGGGCGGGUACAUAAUCUUGCCUUGCCCCAUAUGUCGCCGCGAAUUCUGGAGAGGCCACCCCGUUGUUGGUGACGCGCCACCAUUCCGUCGUGUGAAUUGCUACGAACAUUCAAAUCUCGGCAUGAUUCACUAGAUUUCGUCGCUAUUCACCGUGUCCUAGAGCCUUGCCAGAUCUACAAAGUUGUAUAUGGACUGGUCCGUACUUUCUGACACUUAACUUGCAGUUGGCGGGUUGCGAAGAUCAUGUCUGUCGUUUGAUAUCUGGGCUCUGUUUCUGGAAGGAGUACCUGCCACAGAUGCAUGCUUAGACGAUUGAGUAGGACUCGGGUGAAGCUUUUGCCUGUAGCGUUAUGAAGUUAGGUGCCUCUAUGGUUAGAGCGUUGGCUGCGCUAAAGCCUUCCCCUUACUGCGUGGGUUCGAAUCCCACCGAGGCGCCGAGUUUUUCACAGUUGGGUCAAUAUGUAUCAGAGAGUUGACGGUUUCCUUUGCGUUUUCAUAUGUACACGAUGAGGGCAUCCUUAAAGCCUUAGGGGAUUUCCUUUUGCAAUCGCAUGUACUUAAACAGUUAUGGAUACUUUUCCGUGAGUUGUGGGCCACCUUAUUUGUAAAUUUCGACUGGUAUUCUGUUGGCUUCCCGUGCUUUCCCAUUGGACCACUAUUGCACUGCCCUGAUUUUAUCUAAUGGGGAUUGGUGUCGUCUUUGGUAUUCACUUGGGGAAGUCGGUUGAUACCUUCUUCGUAGAUUGUUGGCGGGUGGUUGAUGGCAUCUCUGGAGUGCUCAGCUCAAAGAUUCAGAAUCUCCACUUUUUCGGACAAUAGCAGUGGUGCAGUCUUCCUGACCUGUGGACCGUAGACCACUUUGCCAGUCUCGAGGAGAUUCCCCAUCUCACCAUGUUCGACACAUCCUUGGAGUUUCCCAGGUUUGCUAAUUAGCCAGUCGUUCUGCCUCUCCCUCAGCCUCUGUUUUAUUAGCCGUCUGCUUUGGAAGUCCGUGGACUCGUUGGCGUCGCUACUGUUUUUGGCGUAGAUCAUGUGUAGACUGUUAUUCCCUUAUGGUAGGUGUCGGAUUUCGUCGUCGUCGAACCAAUUCUAGUGCUGUCCGCGUGCACGACCGAGGAUCUUCAGAUCGAUGGCCUGAAUGACGCGCCGCACUUCCUUCCAUUGGGUCUGAACUGUAGCAUUUCCUUCCAGGACUUGGAUUUCACCAGAGGUUGAUUUGGGCGAUUGUUCGUGUUACCGGUUGUCAGACGGGUUUAGUAAUACAGUAUUUACCUUACCUGGUGUUCGCUUACCUUGCGACACCGGCGGAGUUGCUGUUCCAACAGGAUGUUAGAGGGGACAAGAUGGUGGUCCGUCCAGCAGUCUGCAGCACACAUUGCCUUGGUUAUUGGCGCGUCACGUUGGCCACGCCUCCGGACGAGGACGUAGCCCACCAGCUGCAAAUGACGCUAAUGGGACUGCAUCCACGCCCUCUCCCGGAUCAGAAGGCGAAGGAUGUUUGUCAGGGCUAGCCUGUGUUCCUCGCAGGCCUGCAGGAGGUGGUCAUUGCCUUUGUUGCUACUGAUCCACGGUGACUUAACUCAGUUGGUGAGGACGAGCAACGAGGCCAUUUCAUUGUACGGAGGGAAAAUAGUUAGGUUCGUGCGUUAAAAAGUGUCCAUUGAACAAUCUGCCUGCCCUUAGGAUAGAAAAUAACACAUAGGUAUCUUCACACAUUAUCGUUAGUGCAGACGACUUUCUCUCCAUGUGUAUGUCUGCUGGGAAGGUAAAUACCUCCUGUCCGUCAUCAGCGCACUAAAAGUAGCCUAUGUUUUUAAAUAACUUGUGGAGGGCCUUCUAAACCAGUAAAUAGCCGAAAACUAUCCGCCAGUGAGCAUGCUUUUUCCAUAACUGUUUUCCACUCAUUUGCGUACGCCCACCAUGACCAUCUUAUUCAAUGUUGUAGUUCUUGGAAGACCUUACUGUCACUUACGACGGGACGGUGCGUGACAGCAGAGGUGACAUUGUACAGUUUCGAUACGGCUCCGACGGAUUGGAUCCAUGUGAAAUGGAGUUGGAGGCUUUCCCUGCGGACCUGAAACGAGAAUUAGCCAAUAUAAGGGUAAGUCUUGGCGAUCUUGUGAAAAAACUGCUCCGUUCAACAACAUGUCUUCGCUGUUCUUUUCUGCCUUCUUGUUGCAUCUUUCGGACGGUUGAAGUAAUAAAUGUUCCCAUGCGAGCUUAUUUUAAAUUGACUUACAGACCGUACUUUCUCCCCUGGUGCUCCACUACACUUCCAAAAGCCUGAAUUUUCAAGCUUCGUCGGAGUAUCUGCUUCGCCGCCAUGCCCUCAUGCCUUUGGCCCUUGUUAAUCAUCUUUCUUUACUAAAGGCCCACUCUUGUCGCAGUGUCCUACUUUCACUUUUUCCUUUUGCCUGUUCUCACGCCUUAAUGUGGGGAUUCAGUUAAAUUUGGGUCGACGGGCCUGCAUUCUUAAUUUCAGCAGUCCCGUAUGAGUAGUUAAUAGUCAGGUGACGCUCUGGGUCACUUUUAACAGUAUUUUCGUCAGACUUUUGUUUGUAAACGUCCUUUUUACACUAUUAGGGUAUCACGCCGUGCUAUUCUGAGUCCUCAAUGACCGCGGAAGAGGUAGAAAUUGCUAUCGAGGCCGCUCUACAGCUCCCAGCGUUCAGAGAUCUUGACGGAAUUCUCUCGUCACACAUCAAGUCAGUGGCGUCUACUUUUCCUCCAGUCAUCGGUUUUCUAUACGUGCAGCAUUUUCCUAUUGUUUUGUUUUUUUUCUACGCAACUGCCUAUGCGUGUGCAUAUAUCAUGGUAAGUAAUAGAUCCCAUUGAUAAAAUCAAACAGUUUUGCUUUCAUUUGCGAAGCAUUUUUGGAAUAUUGAGAUCGACCCUUCCUGGUAGCGACCUUCAUAUCAAUGUCUCCGAUGGCAGACGCCUUUUUGCACCAGAAGACCCCCUACACUACCCUUGUGACUGGCCUUCCGUAUUUUGUCCCUUAACUCUCUCUUCUCUGCAUGCACACCCAGAUCCUUCUUCGACACUCACGUCCUCCCGCGGAUGCGGGCUUUUCCCUGGCGGUCAGAGUCUGCAGCCGCAAAGGACGCCACUGAUCAAGUGGAACGUCUGACGCGCACCCAACUGCGCCUCUUCCUGAUGCGGGUGAAGAAGAAGUACGAGCGUGCCCUUAUGGAGCCCGGUACCGCGGUAGGCGCUCUCUGUGGCCAAUCGAUUGGCGAACCGGCCACACAAAUGACUCUGAAGACUUUCCAUUUCGCUGGUGUCGCCAGCAUGAAUAUUACACAGGUGAGGGUUCUGGUGUCUUUUUCUUACAUGACAAGUUCCAUUUCCUUCUCUUCUUCCUUACAGACCGUCAUAUCAUGUUAUUAAAUGUCCGAGUUCUCGAUGAAACUGGAAUAGACCACAGCCCUUCACUGUGUUAUCGUUCAGUAAAGGAGAAGCCAGUCAUAUGAUUUCACGUUCGAAUGCUUCCGGUCUUAACAAGAAACGCUCUUUUCUGUGACGUUCGCACCGGUUGUUCGACAAACCGGCUGCUGUUUCGUUUGGACUCCUCCGCGAACUUCCCAGAGCACAUUUAACCGUUAUCUAGUGUCAGGGCACUCAUGUUCCCAGUCUUCUUGAAGGCAUCCCACGGAACAUGAUGCACGUAAUUAGGCGAACUAAUACAAAAACAGCACGGGCGACAACUGGGAUUUAGUAGUCAAACGUUAAUUCUACUUGUCUUCAGGGCCACUUGAUCCAACCUAUAAAAGGGCUUCUACUACUACUGCUACUACUACUGAUAGUUCAGCCGUCUUGUCCGACGAUGCCCACCACGUGCUCCACAACAAAGUGGGAACAGGCACGGUGAAUUGCUCAUAAACUAGUUUUUAAUGAGGGCAGACUUGCGCAGCAUCUACCGCACUCUCUCCUUUCCCCCCAACUUGGCCCGGUGUCAAGACGUAGUCAAGAAGACUGGAGGCAGGGGAGGGCGCAGGUGGCUGGAACGGCCGGAUCCGUACCUUGGCGUACUACCACACCCUCUGGUCCACAAAAAACACUUGACCAGGCUUUUAACCAACAGGAAAAUAAACGGGUCAGAACGAGGAGGGAUGACUGGGCAAUCAUGCACACGGGUCGUAUACCCAGGGGGUGCGCAAGCGCAUCUGCCCGCAGGGAAUCAGGUGCCAGAGAACUGCCAGCGCAUACCAGGCUGCGAGGGCCAUGGUUUGCUGAAUCAUGGCAUAGCAGAUGCUCACAAACCUUGGGGCACAAAAGUGUGACACAGCCCUGCCUUUGCCUUUGCCAUCGCCCUUCAAAGGCUGGGUAACGAAUCAGUCAUCGAUUGAGGGGUGAUACCCCUAUAUGUACCGUGGGACGACUACCCAGUCUGCCGAAGGGCAUCAAUGAUCGCCUAUUAAGCCUCCGCUUGCGUCUUCGUUGAGGCAAAUUCGUUACCGUCGUCAAAAUCUACGCCCCUCGAUGACCAGCUCUGACGCGGUAAAUAAAAAAUUCUACGGGAGCCUGCACGCCCUUCUGGCGACUAUGUCGAAGACGGAUAAGUUGAUUGUCCUUGGUGACCUCAACACCCGCGUGGGAACAGAACAGGCUGCUUGGAGAGCAGUGCUGGGUCCCCAUGGUAUCAGCGGCCUCAAUGACAAUGGCCUGCUCCUCCUAUGAACCUGCGCAGAGCACCGCCUCAUCCUGUGAAACACGCUUUGCCUUCCGACGCGAGAGAAGACCACAUGAAUGCACUCGGUCUUCUUGAUCAUGUUUUGACACCGGGCCAAGUUGGGGAGGAGGAGAGAGUGCGGUAGAUGCUGCGCAAGUCUACUCCCACUAGAAACUAGUUUGUGCGCAAUUCACCGUGCCUGUUCUCACUGUGCCGUGGAGCACACGGUGGACAUCGUCGGGCACGGCAUCGAGCUGUCAAGCGAUGUUCGGCGAGCUAUCCUGAUUACAAAGUCGUAUGCGAGUGCCCCCCUUUGAGAGGUUGCGUCGUUUUCGUCAUCAGCCGUGCACACCUUGAUUCCAUCUGGGAAAAUCGUUUAAUUGAAUCCCUUCCCCCCUUUCUCAUUGGGCUUGAUGCCGCCUCUCGAUUACUGAUAGCCAUAACGUUCAUAAGUGACUUUAAGUCGUAAAAUCUGAAUGCAUGCUUGAUAAAUAAACGUUGCUACUGGCAUCUGGAGAGCAAAGUCUUAAUCAUUCAUUAAAAUUGCGAUAUUAUCGUUUUUUUCCAUUGUCUACGGCGUUAAACGUGGUAGACAGUGCACGGUUUUUGUAUGGUGGGUACAACUUAUUCACUGAUUUAGGGCAUUUCGAAACGCAAUCCGUUAUUUACGGACGCAAUACUCUUUCUGCCAACAGUCAACUGCAUCAUUCCUGCAAUUAUCAGAUCAUAUUCUCAGAGCUAAUGUGAGGUAAAAAGUAACCAAAUUUAAACGCUAAUUCGCACCAGUGCUGCAUUAAACCCCCUCAGGUAUCACUUUUCCGUGUGUUGUUAGCACGCUCACGACUAUUGAAGUUCAUAUUGCGUCACAAACCUCAUAACCACCCUGUUAUUCUGGCUUCACCAUCCGAGGAGGAGGAGGUAACAUAGUAGGCUAGCUUAUACUGUCCGGACUUUUGAGAGCUUCGCGCUCUUCAUAGUUAAAACUGUGGUGGUAGUAAUUCAGGCUCUGCCUACUUACACCUGUAUUUUUCAGUUUACCUAGUUUUUCUGUUGGUUCCUGCAGAUUUUGUUUUGUUACUUCUUGCGCAUCUUUGCCAUUGGUUGGCUGGGAAAAUUUGUUCGCUUCACUUCAAUAGCCUGUAUGCGCCCGCCUGUCACGACCGAUUUCCGCGCCUGUUCGUGAUCGGAGCGUAGGCAAGUGCCUGUGGCGCGGUCGGCCCCCCAGCUUGACGGUCUUCCGGUCAAGGAGGGUGGCGAUUUUGCGCUGCCGUUUACCGUUCGUGUGAGGCCACGCUGACCUUCGGUACGAUUAAGAGCGCUCGUUCUUACGUUAAGCCGCUUUAGUAGUGUUUCGUAAGUUGGAUUCAGGUCAACACGCAGAGGUUUAGUUCUUUGUGUAGGACAAACUUCUCGCUCCUUUCCUUUUAAUUAUGCUGAUUGGUCUGGUGGAUGUUUCUAGUCCACUCGAAAUUGACCGUUGGUCCUACCUGCCGCAUGUACAAAAGAUUGGCUCUUUCAACGGAUUGCGCUACAAAUGCGUUGGACCAAAGCGGGGCUCGGACAGUUGACUGGUGUCUGGGUGAAAAAAGAAAGAGGCCGGCACUGGCGAACCAAUCUCCACGACGCAGAUGGGGGCAACGAUCGGGUGAAGGACUCCAAACACACACACACAUAACCAGCCAACGGUGCCUGUCUUACGGGAAAGGUGGUAAUAGGGCUUUAACGUGCGGGGCCUAUGUAUACAUAGAGGAAUGGCAAAACAAGUAUAGAUAAUUGGUAAAUUCCUUUUUGCGGGCGAGAAGUUUUAAUGCAUUGACAUAUACCAACCGAAAUCAAGCAGGACAAUUAAAAAAUAAACAUUAAGUGUCUAUAACGAUCGCUUCUCGACUCUCUGAGCUGACGUCAUUGUAGGUAAUCCACCAGACCGUCUACAACGGACGACCCAACUUUGUACGAUGAACCACCAAACUGAAAUAAUCGUGUCGGAUUAAAACCCACUUAAGUUAGUAUAGAGGUAUUCUUUGUAUGCCAGGGAUGCUUGGGGUCCUUCACCAGAUCCUUACCCAGACUGGCACAGUGGAUGUCCUAUCUCAUGAAAUGUUGACCAAAAUUCCGAAAUGCGAUUGUAAUAUUGUAAGGUUGUAAUAUUACUUCCCGUGCAGCAUGAUCCAAAGUUAUUUCAGUCACGUCAGGAUUCCGGCCCUUGAAUGAGAUUCUUUUCGGCCGUCUGCAAAAACUACUUCAGUAAAAAUUAAGUAUUUACUUAAUUAGUACGAGUUUUCUCGUUGAUUUUCGAUGCCCUUAUAAGUUUGAGUCUGUUUUAUAAAACGCAUGCACAAAAUGUCCGUUCCUUUACCUAUUUGGUAGCAAAUUAAGUUGCCUUUAAAUAUCAUACCUAAAGAAAGGGGCGUCGGGCAGCGGCACAAGAUCGGCGUAACACGCGUGUCUGGGCUUUUAGCUGGUACCUGUGUUGUCAAUACGGUGAAUUAUUAUGCAGUUUGUUUUUCUGUUUAAAAGAAAGAUAACCCAUCUGAUCUUCUUUUCAGGGUGUGCCUCGAAUGCGGGAGAUUGUGAAUGCAGUGGCUAACAUCAAGACACCCCUCAUCACCGUCACGCUCUCAGAUCCCUUCUCUGGUUGGCUAGCACGCCGCGUCAAACUGUCGAUUGAGCUAACGCGAUUGGCUGAUAUUGCUUUACGACUCCGUCAGUGCCUCACUCCGGACGAUGUUUACGUGGCCGUCGAGUUGGACCUCAAACGCAUGAAACGGCGUGAAAUCACCCCGGCCCAGACUGCGGCCGCUAUCCGUGCGGCCAAACUGAAGAACCUGAAGCUCUCGGUGGGUACUUGUCACUCUCAUACUUUCCAGCCGGAAGAGAGGCCUGCCUGUUAGCGUAGUUGUAAGCCACCCGGCUCCUCUGCAGGCGACCAAUAGUGGGACAGUUUAACACGUUCACAUUCAUAGUUUUAAAAAAACCUGGUUAGCAAACCCUUCUGUUUAUGUGCUUCCAGCACAUUCGAAAUUUAACGAUCCGGAGGCCAAAUUCAUAAAAGUCCAAGGAAUCUUAGGUCAUCGCGUAAAUUACAAAACAAGCCUCUAUGCUGCAGUUAACGUACUGUUUACAGUAACUGCGCUUUCUGACCUCAAACUGGUGGUACCCUAAGACAUCUAAAUUCUUCAUUUGUAGUAGUCAAGACGCCAAACUGAACACUGGCAGUAGUAGCAGGAAAUAAUGUGCAGGAACUACUAACGCGCUUCGUUCUACAUUCGGGCAUUGCUGAGUAUUAAGUAAGUAGUGUCUUCGAACGUCGCAAAAUAGACACAAAUUCUUUGGAGACUAACUGACAUCCCCCAGCUGAUCUCCCAUAUUGGCAUACAGAAGUUAAUCUACACAGGUGAGGCUUUCUGCGGCCGCUAGUAGUACUAAGUAAAAAAAUGCAAGCCGCAACUCUUCACAAAAUACAGUAACCAGCUAAGUUGUGUGAUGGCGGGUGUCCACAGUCAGUUUAGCAAGGUAGAGUUUUCGUGUUUGCCCAAUUGCCGACUGUUCCACUGAGCCCUCAUAUUCCGUGCAUAUUGGCCAACUUCUGAUGUUCAGGAUGCUUUAGUCACCGAGUUUUCCAUCUACCUUUUUGUCUUCAGCGAGUCACCUAUUCCGAGAAUUAUGUCAACGUCUAUCCAGUGGAUCUGAACAAGCUGGAGACCCUGACCACUCUUUUGGAGACGGUGGUUGUGAAGGGCAUCCCGGACGUUGCGCGUGUCGUCGUUCAAGAAGCUCAGGAUGGUCAACACCGAGUCUUUGUGGAGGGUGCUAAACUGCAAGAGGUAGUUGAGCCUGUCUCCUCCCUCUUUCACUUGUUUACUCGCGGAAUUUGUAUAAUGCUUUUUCGUUGUACACUUCCUCUAGCGUAUCUUCUGUCGAACUCCUGCCACCUAGUUCCCGACAUUGUAGAAGGACCUUUUUUUACCAAAAAACAUCGCCUCCUGCAGACUAAAAUUUAAAGCAAGGAAUCCACGGCUUAAGCGCACAAAGAUGAGAUAGAUUACUAGAGGAGACAUCAAGAUGAGUCUUGUGCUGAAAAGACGAGCCUGUGUAUCCCUUCUCUGAUAAGUGUGGGUUUCAGAGAACGGUUGGCAAAUAUCAUUGCGCAAAGACGGCACAAAAUAACUACUUGAAUGCACGCAACAAGCGGAAGUGGAAAAAGCGGAGGAUCACAUUUGUUAUUCUUCCAGUGGUUUAGAAAUCAGCCAAUUGAAGCCAUGAUGGGCGUCUCCGGUCAUAAUUGAGAAGAGAAGAUGAUUGUGGUUACCUAAUAAUGGUCUUUACAAAACUGCCGAAAAUAAGUCAUAUGGACUUCUUUAGCUCUAAAGAGCCUGAUGCCUACUGAUAAGGCAUUCUGCCAACAUGUAGCUGGGUUGAUCUAUGUACUAUGAUAAAAUAAUUGACCGGAGUCGGUCGGUGGACGGGGACUCGUCUACCAUCAACAAUGGAAAAAAAGAUCUUUUCUGUCUAUUGUUCCUCAGACGAUGACAAAAUCCUAGCUCUCAAAUCUUCAACCCGGUCUUCUAUUUUGUUUCAAGAAUCGCUUUCUAAUCCACAUCCUUGUUGGAUUUUUUGUCCCCUUGACUGUCAUGUAAUCUCUCAAACCGGAGACUUGACAAUGGACGACGCGUUUCUUCCGCAAAUAUCGGCAUUCAGCUACUUGCAACAAUGCUCACGGACCAGCACUGAGAGCGUCGGUGGGGUGGGGGGGGUGACUGGAUUCACCCACUUUUUUCUUAACAAAGCGGUCCAGAUAGGUUUUGAUGGUUUUGUUUCCAUUAUUAGUACUACUGUUUUGCAGCUAGUUCCUGAUUGCCAACUGCCGUCCCGUCUGUCCGACAACUUACCUAGGCGGUUGAAUGUGGAUCUAGUCCCCGCCUUUCUGCCACUGCAGGUUUGUUUGUGAGUGGUCCGACCUUACACUCCAGCUAAAGCAGAUCGCUUAACUAAUUUUUGGUUUUCCGUCUGGAUCUCACCUUUUGCGAAUGACCCGUCAUUCUUUUACCGUCUUCCUUGGCCUUGUUCUUUGUUCAUCGUUGUGAGACCUUGAGCUACUGAAGAUAAAACAGCGUGCAGUGCGGGAGUUUGGUGAUAAAGAUAGCAGGACUGAAACACCGACUGUUUCGUGACAAUUCGCGUCCUUUCGGGACAGCCAAAUUGCGAUCAGAAACAACCUGCACAUGCCCGACUGGUCUAAGAAAUAGCUUACCAGCACUCUUAGGUCAAAGUUCCACGAAGCGGUCCUCGCCAUGGCAGGGUGGCCAGUUACUCGAGCGGGAACAAACGCAUCCCCAACUGCUGCUGGUGAUCACGCAGUAGGCCUCAAUGAACACGUAUACAAUGGCAGAGGUCAUUUUUCAGUCUCCAUAUGUGAAAACUUGUGUUCUGGGAUGCAAACAGAUUGUUUUGAGUAUGUUCCUGUGUGAGAUAAACAUUUGUCUGCUAUUCCUGGCCUGGUCGAGAAGAGCCUGUAAUCUUGAUGCAAGGCAGUUCCUUUAGCAUUGACCAAAAUCCACUGUCUGAUUCAUCAAUCUAUUGAACUACAGCCUGUUGACUGAAAACGAUGUUUAUACUUCGUGGGGACACCGGUCUGGAGGUUCCACGACUACCUGCCCCCUUUAAAAGCUAGCCAGACGGAAUCCAGCCUAAAUCGAUCCUAAUCAGGGAUCUUUUCUGAUUUCUUUCAGGUAAUGUGUAUUCCUGGAGUUGUGCCCGAGAAGACAAAGAGUAAUAACAUCCUUGAGGUUGAACGGGUGCUAGGCGUUGAAGCUGCUCGCCGUGUGGUUAUGGAUGAACUCCUAGCCGUUAUGGAAGGUCAUGGCGUAGAAGUGAAUAUUCGUCACGUCAUGUUGUUAGCUGACCUCAUGACCAAUCGGGUACGUCUCCUCGUCUCUUGCUCUCAUUCCAACUUUCGUCACUAGCCAGUAGCUUAUUCCAUCACCUAAUUUAUUUUCCUCACUCCUCUAGGGUGAGGUCUACGGCUAUCAGCGGAGUGGUAUGGCCAAGGGCAAAAACAGUGUCCUCUGUCUAGCUUCGGUAUGUUCCUGUUUUUUGCCGAUGUCCCCCAACCCACAACGUCUGAAGACGAAAAUUUAAGUUCUGGAAGCAUCUGGAACGGGGCGGCUGCUGAAAUAGCAGAAUAGAGACCAUGCCAGCCCAGAUUCUCACAUUUCUGAAACCCAAAGGCAGAGACAACACUGAAAUGCGACUGACAGAUCCGUUUUCUUGCAUAAAUUAUAUCUACCAGAACUUGUCCCAAUAUGCCAUUUUAUCCAGUUGUCUUUGCGUCAAGGAACCUUUCGAGCACUUUAUGGCGAAAUAAAAAAGAAUAGGAACGCCCUGGUAGCCGGCAGCUACUCUGACAGGAACCGGAAAAGGUUGUUUUUAGGUGGAAGGAACCCAUGUUUUGCUGUUGCUGCACUAACAACGCAUCGACCAUACCCACAAUGAAAAAAAUUGCUUAGUGUUUUCAAACUUAAUACUAUAUUUACGGGUUGGAUGCAGACGGCGUCUCGCAUUAUCUGAUGGUACUGUCAACAAGUAACAUGACUGUUGUCUCAGCAUUAUGUCUGUGUUGUACGGGUAUGACUUUGUUAGAAAUCACCUACUAGAUUUAACUUCAUUGCUGCAGCUUGGAGUAAUGCCCCAUGAAGGCCGUUAGAGGAAGGUUUAGAGUGAGACAAUUUGGGGCCUCUCUGUUAUGUCAGGACGUGCAUGUGAUUGUCCGUGAGCGCCUCCUCAGGCGCAAGUCACCAGUGCUGCGCUCACUCCGUAGGGCACGCGGUGGACGUCGCCGCUUGCGCCGGUCAAACCAUUGGGUGCCUCUUGAAGUCGCCCACCGACAAGAUGCACCAAUGUUACAAGAUGGAUCGAAUGUUGCAACCGACAAGAUCCGCCGCAGUACCUGCACGUUAAUCUGUUGCUAAUGAAGUGUCUACCACACCUGCCGCGUCCCAUUGGCAAGACGAGGUUGAUAAAGAUGUAGCCGAGACCGAGUGCAGCCCAACGCGUGCUACACACACGCUGGUACCGACGCCAACCAGGCCCCAAUUGGGUCCCGGAGCUCCCAUCGAGGAUGCUUUUUCACAGAGGCUGCAUUGCAAUCUGGCACAGGGAACCGAGUUAACACCUCUGCCGGCAACCAUCCGAGCCACCACUUUAAAGCGCGCCAUGCCAGUUUGCAACACAGCAUAUUUAUUUUAGUUGAGGCUGCGUAUACUGGCUCAGUCGCGCUGUCUUUUCUCCUUUCCCAUCCUAUGUGAGUGACGCCUCUGCGUCAAGCUCAUUGCGGACGAUAUCGGACGCGGUAGCUGACUUGAUGUAAAACCGCCACCUGACGUGUACCAUGCACACACAUAUGACACGCAUUAGGGACUAGUGCAACAGCUCAAUUUAUGUACCUGCCAACGGUCUGCCUACUUCUCACUGUCAUUUAUUUUCCUCUAGUUUGAAAGGACUGGGGACCAUCUCUUUGAGGCUGCCUACCACGCGCAAGAUGACAACCUGACAGGUGAACGCUGAACUUAUCUCCUGUACUAGCUCUUCCAUUUUUACCUUGUCAUCCUCCGUUUUGGCUGGUGUGAGAGCAUUGCCCAACCAGUAGCCGCCUCGCCCUCCACCAGCGAUGACCUUUCGUCCCAGUACUAUUCACUGGCCGUCAUUCAUAGCAUUCGGGGUAGCCUCUCGGGCGGUGGAAGGCGCUCGUCGAGUUAGCCUCCUUACACGUAAUUCUCGCCUAUAGCCUCGAGCAAUCUUUGCCAUGACGCUUCAAUUGACGCAGUCCCGAUGUACCAGAGGCGGACGGGAACGCUAAGCUUCAAGUGUAGGAUCUAUAGAAAACGAUUCCUGUACCUGGCUCUCGCAAAACCGCGUCCAGCUCAUCUCAGCCCGACUCACCUUUUGCCAAAUGGAGAGCUAUGACCUGAGUGCCCUGCUGGGCUUGUCGACGGGGCAUGGCGCUGAGAGAAACAUCCCUGUAAACCCAAGGAGCUGUGUCAGAGGGCUGGAUGGUAAUUUCCUGUCGGUGGUCCGAAAUCAAAAAAUUGUUACACUGUUCACAACCUUCCUAUCUGAACUAUAAGUAGCAGAACUACACUUAAAUGUCCCUUUUGUCUGACUGGGAAAAUGUGCUCUAUGCAGUUUGGCCGGCUCUUCUAUGGCCAACCGCGUCUGAUGGAAAACCUCUAGCCAGCAUGCCACGGUGAAUAGAAAUGUCCACCACAGCGCACAGGAUCCGCAAGAAACCGAAUACCAACAACCAGACCAGCACGUUGAACUCCCGACGAAGCACGUUAUGGUUUGUCCUCUAACGCUCUUAUUUGUUCCACUGAGAACAUCGAGACCGAUCCUAGACUGCGUUGUCACGGCCGCUGCAGAAUCCAAUGCAUAAAAUAGCCGCUGGCUGCAGGUUUCGGUGUAUUGUUCAUCUUACCUUGGCUUUCCACGUUUGCAUGUUUUUACCCGACACAUCUGGCGGUAUGAAAUGCUACGAGCAGAACCAUUUCUGGUUUAGCUCCCUUAAUGGGCCAACUAUACCUCAGACCGCGAAUCCCUGAAGAGUGAACCCGGUUGGCUGGUCACCGCGCUUGGGUCGUCUGCUGUACCAUUUAGGCCAUAUGCCCACGUCCUCUCAGCUGAUCUCAGAAAUAUCAAGUCACGUGGGAGUGGAGUUCAUCUAUCCUGCUUGUAGGAUGGGAUACGGCCUAUUUCGUUUCUUUGCAAGGCGCGCAGACUCGCUGCCCUCAAUGACCUCCUCUUGUGGCUCCUGGACACGGGUUGCGAAGAAAAUGCACCCAAACUGGUUAAUUUAAGAGUUCCAGUGGCGUGACAGUCUGAAAUCUCGAAAGCCAUUCCCUACAUCAAGGGAGUCACCUGGAGCGGUCUGUUGACUGCUUCAGCCUAACGUUAGGGACCGUUGGCCGUAGACCAUUUGUCACAGUUCGUCACCAUGUGCUGCAACCCGACAACACACCGCUGCUCAGAGAAAUCUAUGUAGUUGACUACAAAAUAUGUUACCAUGAUAGAGACCGCAACUGCGUUUGUGAAAUCGGCUAAAAAUUACGUACCCACCUACUCGAGCAUAAAUUAGAUAAACGGAGACUAGAUCCAAGCCCUCAAUUUGCAACUCUAGUUAAAGAAACUGUCCACAGUUUCGAUGUACAAGGACGACCAUUUUUGGACUGGGGAAGUUCAGAUAUAGCGUGGAUUGCAUUAUGGACGUGGUUGUCAGUUGCCGUCCCCAAAAGCGGCCACAUCGACAUUCCUCUGGCGUUCAAAGUUAUACGCUACUAACUAGACAAGAGCCAGGACAAGGUAACCGCAAUGAACUUCGGCAAAUCGAAAGGAAAAGGCCUGACAACACGUCCAUACGAUGCGGAUGCGGUGACAACGGAUCAACCACCCUCAACAAAUGCUCAUUCACCCUCCCCCUCCCCUCCUUGGAGCUGCUAACUAGCAACGGAGGCAGUUGUUGAAUCCUCCAGACAUUCUUUAAAAAACCGAGGCUGCAUAGCAAGAACAAAAUUGCUCAACCUGAGGCCGGCGAGUUAUUGAAACUUCAAAUUCAUGUUAUGCGCCGAAUUAUUUGACGACGGAGAACCGACUAAAGUCUCAGAAACACUGGUAGCACGAGAAAUAUGUCACAUCUAACAAAUCCCGCCCCACAAAACACCCCAACCUACUCGAACGACUUCAUAUAUGUAGCCUAAUCCCGUUUCUGGGCAUAUCCCAGAAGGAUCAAGUCGUACAAUCAGACAUCCUGGAGAAAAGAGAGACCGCAAAGGCCGAGAUCAUCACCUUAAGAACGGAUCCCUGAUGACCGGGGAAUGUAGCGCACGUACAAAAUUCCUGAACUACUACAUAGUAAGCUGCUGUUGUGCAAGAGGAAGGGUGGAAAGCCAUGUGAGAUGUCCGGGGUUGUGGUCCGUAACAAACACGUUAGACUGGCUCGCAUGCAACAAGUCGAGAACUCAAAUAUGUUCUGUCUGGCGCCACUUGGUAAACCACAUCCACGAUAACUGAUGAAACGUCCUUCAGACCUUAUGGCUGCCCGAGGAGAAGAAAAAUCUAGAAGCAGUUUGGCCACCAGCCCCCCACCUCCCACGGAAAACAGGCGCACCAUUGAAGACGCCGAGCCUAAAGUUGCCUUUCACCUCACAGCAUCUGGAUUGUAGGAAGACCAAUGCCAUCCUAUAAAGCAACCACCAAAACUGUUAAGAUAAAUGCUACUAUUUUUAUCGUUGCCACUGCUGACACUGUUUCCUUACCUUCGUAGGCGUCACUGAGAGCAUCAUUGUGGGCAACCCCACUCGGAUUGGCACUGGGACCUUCGAUCUCCUCGGUCGAUGA